AUGGUUGCCAUUACAAUGGCCUAUCAAAGACUUCACUUGGGAGAAGAUUUUACAGAUCUCAUCAACAAAUAUUUACAUAACUUGAAAGAAAGGCUUGAUCAAGCUUUAUUGAAUGAAACCAUUUCAUACUUUGUUAGAUGUGGACCGAGAUCCCCUAAAGAUUCUAGAGGUAAGUUAAAACACAAACCGUCGUUAAUGGUUUUCACAGGAGGUAUUCCAGAAAUUUCAUUUUCAACUCAAGUACUAAAUCUACUAAUCGAAUCAGAGAGAGUAUUCAAAGAUAUUCACCUCUACUUGGAAAAUAGAACAGAAUUAUUAGAGAGAAACAAGUAUAACUUUUUUGUACACUUAAUACCAUGGAGAAAUUUCAAGAAGGAAAAUGAAUUGAGAUGUUUUUUCUUUAAGAAAAAUCUUGUAGCCAUCACUCAAUAUGACGUUCAACUCAACUACCCAUUCAAAGGAAAGGAGAAUAUUUGUGUUAAAAUCAUUCAAAAAUUAAUGAAUAUGCAUCAUGGAAUUUUGAAAAGUGUAAUUCCUUAUGAAAAUUUUGUAAUGGAUGUUGAAAUUUCGACAGAUACCAAUAGUAUAUACAUUAUUGAAUUUAAUCCCUAUGGGAAAGAUGGCACAACUGGACCAGUCCAUUUCAAUUGGAAACAGGAUGAAAAUAUUCUCUUUCCUGAAACUUUCAAUAAUGAUGUUCACUUUAGAUUUUCCCCUCAUUUAACAUCUAGAUUUGAGGAAAUUGUUAUACAUUCCUCAAACUACUCACUUGACAAUUUCCUAAUCAAACCAUUUCCUAAACAUGAAAGUAAGGUAAUUUCUAAUUUUUCUCUUCCUAAGGAGGUGAGUGAAAGUUUUCUUGAGUUUUUACAAUAA